CCCGCCCCCUCCUCACGCGCGGCUCCAGCUCGUAUAUGUUAGGGGGCGAGCGAGCCGUGUGUGUUCUGCUCUUGCUUGGCACUUCACGGAGGGAGACAGGCAGCAGUAAAAAAAAUAAUAAACCAGCAACACAAGCAAGUUUCUCCUUGUUUUGAGUCCUUGUCUGGAAUUAGAUUUUUUCGCCCCACUCCUCGCUUUGAAUCCCCCUUUUCCCCACGAACCAGUCGUGGCAAACUAAAAAGCCUCGCUUUGCACUACGGGAUCUUGGGAGGUCCUCAAAUGAAAGAUCAACUGCGACUCAAAACUUCCGAGAUAGAAAUGUCUGCGACCAUCCUGUCCGGUUUCUACGACAUCGACAUGCUGUACAAGGACAAGAGCCUGAACAUGAACGCUCUCCACCUGAACAGUAUGUUGGAGAAGAAGGCGGUGGGGGCGCCGGUCACGGCCUCUGCUCUCGCUAACAACUGCUCGUACUCGCAGGGAUUUUUCCGGCGCAACUCGACGAGCAACGCUGACUGCACAAACAACGGCAACAAGUACACGGCCACAUGCUACAGCAACAUAAAAGAAAGCUCGAGCAGCACCGCCAUCAUGAACAAGGAGAACAAGUUCCGCGAGCGCGCCUACAGUGAGACGAGCGAGCGCAGUCAGCAGCUGCAGGCGCUGCAGCAGAAGCCAGGCUCGCAGAUCAACUCGACCCGCUACAAGACCGAAUUGUGCCGACCCUUCGAGGAAAACGGUGCCUGCAAGUACGGCGAGAAGUGUCAGUUUGCGCACGGCUACCACGAGCUGCGCAGCCUGUCCCGCCACCCCAAGUACAAGACGGAGCCGUGCCGCACUUUCCACACCAUCGGCUUCUGCCCGUACGGUCCGCGCUGCCACUUUAUCCACAACGCAGACGAGCGCAGACCCGCUCCGGCCAACGCCAACAGCAGCAGCGGCAUGCCGCCCGAACUCAAGUCGAGCCGGGAGCUGAUCCAGCAACAGGCUGCUGCCGCCGCGGCUUUCCGGGACAGACCCAAACUCCACCACAGCCUGAGCUUCUCUGGCUUCUCUACACAGCACAGUCUGGACUCCGCUCUCAUUGACAGCCCCACGUCCCGCACUCCCCCUCCACCUUCUUCCUCUGACGCUUCUCGAGCCACCAGCGGGCCGUUUUUCGAAGACGUUCUAGCGCCGAGCGCUAAUGGCGGCUUCUCGUCGUUCGCCGCGCAGGACCUGAAGGCGCUGCUCGCCCCUCUGGCCGUGCACGCACAUGGCGGCUACCAGUCUAACCCCGCUUAUUACAGCAACUUCCAGACCGCCAUGGGACCUCCUUCACCGCCAUACAGCCUCGGGCCCUUGCAGCGCCUGUCUGAGUCGCCGGUGUUCGACUCGCCCCCCAGCCCGUACGACUCGAUGUCGGACCGGGACAGCUACGCCAGCGGCUCGCUCAGCUCUUCAGGAAGUCUCAGCGGAUCCGAGUCGCCCAUCUUGGACGCCGGGAGACGUUUGCCAAUCUUCAGCAGGCUGUCGAUUUCCGAUGAUUAAUAUGUUAGCCUGGUUGGUUACGUUAUUUUUCUUUCAGUGUAUGGGAUUUUGCCCUGCUCUUUAUUUCUGUAACGGACUGGAGGACUUCCUAAAGUUAACCGUUAUUAAAAUGGCGUCUCAUCAGCGACGUGUAACUAGACGGACUUUAAAAGUAAACCACGGGCAGAAUGACUCGUCAGACUCUUGGUGUGGCAUUAGAGUUCUUUUUUUCCUUUUUUUGUUCGUUUGUUUUUCUCUUUUUCUGCUCGAACCGAUAGCUAUGAAAGUAGAUAUCGACCGAAGGCAUUCCACCGGUGACUCUGACCAGCAUACAGUCGCAGUGUUUUGGCUUUAUUACGCCAUCACACUUUCCUGGAGACAUGGUUUUUGUGCACAAAACUUUUAAACGUGAAAGACGGAGAGAUUUAAGUUGUUUUUUUCCUCCAUACUACCAAGAAUAUGCCUUGACAAAAGUUCGCAAAGUAGCCUAUGUAUGCGCUUCUGAACGCUUAAAAAAAACAAACUUCCAUUCCAAAAGUUAAACCAGUUUGUCGGUCACAGCGCCACCCAGUGGUUUGGUUGGGUUAGUUUAGUGUUGCUUAGCUGAAGCACUCUUGUUCGGUCUGUUGGGAAAAUCACUGCUGAUGGUCGAAAUAUAUAUAUAUAUAUAUAUAUAUAUAUAUAUUUCAAAUAUAUUUUUUUAGCUGUUUUGAGCGAUUACAUAGCAGUACAUAACUGGCUAUGACCUAUUUAACUUAUUUAUUAUCUUGUGAAAAGUAUAGGCUACAUUUGUAAUUGUGUCCAUACUGUAUUUAUCAAGUUUGUUGAAGCAAUAGAUCUAUAUUCUUUUAUUAUGUUUAAAUUAUGAUCGCCAUUAUUAAUCUACAUAAAGUGGAGUGUAUGUUCUUUUUUCACAGUAAUAUAUUUUUGUUUGGUCUUCUUUUGUAACUUCACUUUGUUAUUUUAUUGUAAAUGAGUAAAAAAAAACUUAAUUUAAGAGAUUGUAUGUGAUAUUUAUUUCAUUAAUUUUGUUUCUGUGUUUACGUACAUUUAAAAAAAAAAUCAUUUUCUUGAUUUGCCGUUUGUUGGGAUCUUGCUUGUGGAAGACGUUUUUCCCAACUUUUUUUUUUUUUUUUUUAUCCGUAGAGAUGAUGUCCCUUGUUAUUUCUAUAGAAUGUAUAAACCAUGUGGUUGUCAACACCGUCCAAACUAGUCGUGAUCAUUCUUUAAGAAAUCAGACUUGUGUGACAAUGAUCCCAAGUGAAUAAAUUAACCAAAAAGUAUUUUCUUUUCCUUUCCUUGUAAUGCACAGAGCCAGUCUAGGACUCCUGCCACAUGCUUUAAGAAUGUAGCAAUCCCAAGCCCCAGUAUUACUGCCUUAGUGCCUAAGGGGUCCACCACCAUACAUGCCUUAUUAUUAACCAAAUAAAGUAUUUUGAUACAAGUCAUUGUUUUACACAUACAGAAACUGAAUGUAGGUUUGAAUUUGAACUUUUUUUGGAAGGUUGUUACCACUUGUCAAAAGAGAGGCCUUGGAGCAACCAGCAAACCCCCCCCCCCUCCCCCCUUUUUUUUUUUCGUUUCUUUAGAACUCCCCAUUCCUGUAGACUUUAGUUGGACUCUUCGUUCUCUUGAUUGCCUUUUGAUAUGGUAUUGGUCUAAGGGUUCUGAACUUGCUGGAUGGAAAAGAGGUUGAACACAUUUUGCAUGUAUAUAGUAGGUACAGGGGCUGGGCACUAUGUACUUUUUCUUGACUACUUUAUCAGAAGUAAAGCUUUUUGAAUGUAACUUUAAAUGGACAAAAAAGAUGAGACAUACUUUUUUUUGAGGGGGAAUCAGUUCACUACAAGUUGCGUGUGAGACUGUUAACUUUUGUACUGUACAUUUUUUUUGUAGUUCUCCCAAUAAAAUUUGGAAAAAAGUGAUAGAA